GGUAAGGAAUUCCGAAGUUAGCUUAGCAUGUGUGAAGACCAUGAUUUUCCUUAUUUUUGUCAAGCUGCUACUGUACAUCUGACAAGGUGGUGAAUGGCAGCAGGCAGUGAGAGAGGAGGUGAGCGGGACAAAAAUGGAGUGCUAGGGGACUGUUCUAUUGGAUACCACAACUGUGUGAGAUAAUUAAUCCCUGCCUGUACAGUGGUCCUGGCCUUCAUUGGUGUCGUCACAAGCCAAAGAAAAAGCAAAACGGGGACUUAAUCUCUUAGACUGGGGGUCUCCACCUUUCAUCACUAUGUGAGCUGCUUUGAUGGAAAGAGAGGACAGCACAUGGGAGUCUACCCUUCACUCCAUCAUUAUGCUGCAUGCAGAAGGUCCUUGGAGUCGAUUCAUGGAAAGAACCUGACCACAUUUUGAGUAAGUUAAGUUCUCCCACAGUUUCUCAAGAAGUUUCUCUCAUCUAAUGACUCUAGAGGGAUUUGUAGUCUGCGACGGUAGUCUAGUUUUGUGGUAAUGAGAGGCUUCUUUUCCAUGCAGAGUGUGGGACUGUAUGAAACUUCCCCAUGGAGAAGAUCUUGCUGGGCUGUCUUCUGAUCAGAUGGACAAGAAUCCUGGUAAAUGACAAGUAAGUUUACCAUGAGUACUUCCUCCUGGUGUGAACUAACACAGGAAGUGGGACAAUCUGCCUCCAUGGGGUUUGACAACAAGACCAACCAGACGCUCCCAGGGGUGACCCCCAUGAGCCUGAACAUCUCCCUGCCGCUCACGGUGCUGGUGAGCAUCAUGAUCCUGCUCACAGUAUUUGGAAACGUCCUGGUGGUCAUAGCUGUGUUUACGAGCCGGGCCCUGAAGGCUCCACAGAACUUAUUUCUGGUAUCUCUGGCAUCAGCGGACAUACUUGUGGCCACCUUAGUGAUGCCCUUCUCCUUGGCCAACGAGCUGAUGGGAUAUUGGUACUUUGGGGAGGUGUGGUGUGAGAUCUAUCUGGCUCUCGAUGUUCUUUUCUGCACCGCCUCCAUCGCUCACCUCUGUGCAAUCAGCUUGGACCGCUACUGGUCCAUCACGCAGGCGAUAGAGUACAACCUGAAGAGGACCCCACGCCGCAUCAAGUGCAUUAUCUUCAUCGUUUGGGUCAUCGCCGCUGUUAUCUCCUUUCCGCCUCUCAUCACCAUGGAGAAGGAAAACAGCAAAGAGGACCCGGUUUGUAAGAUCAAUAAUGACAAGUGGUACGUCAUCUCCUCCUGCAUUGGCUCCUUCUUCCUUCCGUGUGUCAUCAUGGUGCUGGUUUAUGUUAGGAUCUACCAGAUUGCCAAAAAGAGGACACGUGCUCCACCAGGAGACCGGAAACGCAAGGACAAGUCAGACGCCAUGGCUCCAUCUAACCAGAAAGAGAACGGCCUGGCUGCAGGUGAGGCGGACAAACUUAAGGACCAGGGGGACAUUGAGUUGAGAGAAGGAGUAGGAGGCAAAGAAGGUGAGAUCAAUGGAGUGGACAUUGAGGAGUCGUCCUCUUCUGACCAUAAAGUCAAUAAUCCCUGCUCCAUGAAGAAGAAAUCAUCCAAGGGGAAAAGCAAAGUCAAACCAGGUGACGGCGAAGUGCAGAAGAAGAGCACCAAAGGAAGCCGUUGGAAGGGUCGUCAGAACCGAGAGAAACGUUUCACCUUUGUGCUGGCGGUGGUCAUCGGCGUCUUUGUCAUCUGCUGGUUCCCCUUCUUCUUCACGUAUAUGCUGAUGACGCUCUGCGAGUCGUGUACCGUCCCAGCCACACUGUUCAAGUUCUUCUUCUGGUUCGGCUAUUGCAACAGCGCGCUCAACCCCAUCAUCUACACCAUCUUCAAUAAUGACUUCCGCAGGUCCUUCAAGAAGAUACUUUGCAGGAGGGACAUGAGAAGAUAUGGCUGAUGGGACUGCUGCUUCUGUAAAUAUCAAUAUUUUGCUAUAAAUAUCAUUCUGGUGGCGGCACGGCGGUUAAGUGGUUAGCGCGCAGACCUCACAGCUAGGAGACCAGGGUUAAAUUCCACCCUCGGCCAUCUCUGUGUGGAGUUUGCAUGUUCUCCCCGUGCAUGCGUGGGUUUUCUCCGGGUACUCCGGUUUCCUCCCACAUUCCAAAAACAUGCUAGGUUAAUUGGCGACUCCAAAUUGUCCAUAGGUAUGAAUGUGAGUGUGAAUGGUUGUUUGUCUAUACGUAUGUGCCCUGUGAUUGGCUGGCGACCAGUCCAGGGUGUACCCCGCCUCUCGCCCAAAAGACAGCUGGGAUAGGCUCCAGCAUCCCCCGCGACCCUCGUAAGGAAAAAGCGGUAGAAAAUGAAUGAAUGAAUGAAUCAUCCUGGUGGCGGCACGGCGGUUAAGUGGUUAGCGCGCAGACCUCACAGCUAGGAGACCAGGGUUCAAUUCCACCCUCGGCCAUCUCUGUAUGGAGUUUGCAUGUUCUCCCCGUGCAUGCAUGGAUUUUCUACGGUUUCCCCCCACAUUCCAAAAACAUGCUAGGUUAAUUGGCGACUCCAAAUUGUCCAUAAGUAUGAAUAUGAGUGUGAAUGGUUGUUUGUCUAUAUGUGCCCUGUGAUUGGCUGGCGACUAGUCCAGGGUGUACCCGCCUCUCGCCCAAAAGACAGCUGGGAUAGGCUCCAGCACCCCAGCGACCCUCGUGAGGAAAAAGCAGUAGAAAAUGAAUGAAUGAAUGAAUCAUCCUGGUGGGACUGGUUGGAUGGAACUGGCGUAGCGUGGGGUACCAGUUCAAUCUUUGCAUCUAACCGGUCCUUCUUAGCCUUUUUACCCUUUUGGGCCACCGUACUCCAAGCUUAUGUUUGGCAGUGUGACACAAAAGAAGUAUUUGAAGUAUUAUGGCUUUUGGCCUUUGCAAUUUGCAUUUAAUUUAAAGACUGUCAUGGCUGUCAAAUGUGUAAGGGUUGUAGUCACAAAGGAGGGAUGCAGCCAUCGCUGUCAGUACCACUUAAAACUUUUAUAAAUCCUCAUCACUGCUUCUACAAUUACUGCUUAAAUAUAUAUGGUUUAUUACAUCUCGUGAACUGUAAAGCUUUGCACCCGGGGGGUGACGGAACCUUCUCACUUCUCCCGCCAUGCUACGCCAUGCUACGCUACGGUUGGAGAGGCUUUUGCAAAAUGAGCUUCACAUGCACCAUUAGCUCGAUUGCGAUUGAUUUGGAAAAAAACAUCUCCAACCGCUUCAGCACAGAGCCCAAUAACACUCGGCAGUAACUUUAUUGUACAUUUAUUUGUUUUUUUUUAAUAUAAAGACGCAGUUAAGUCAAUUGCGUUUCUUUUAUUUCACUGCCGUUUGAUGUCGAAAACAUGCCUCAUUAUUGUCAUGGAUACUGUAUUGUGCCAUUUUGUACAAUAUAAAAAUUGGUUGGUAACGAUAGUGAUCAAAAAUACAAGGAAAAUGCCGCCACUUGAAUAAAAUCCAUUUCCUGAGCAGGUUGUAGUAUCAAUAUGGUGAUGUCAUCAUACUUUAAAAGAUAAGCACUCAUAACAUUCGAUGUUAUAAAUUUAUUUCAAAAACUGCACUGACGGUGUAACGGAGAUCCAGAAAUUGAAGCUGAUGUUUUAUCUCUAUCGUGUCUCCGCUUUUUCAUGAAUAAAUGUAAAUGAGAGACCACGAGUGACCUUUCAGUCGUAAUCUAAGAGGAAAAAAAGCAAACCCAGCAGUGAGUCUGACCUUUGCAAGCAAUUAAAAAAAAAAAGAGUCUUCCUAAUGAGUCUUUAUGAAACAUGUGUAAAUAUUCAGUGGGCCCUGAAUUAAUCACGUUUGGGAUUAGAUGGAGGUUGUUUAGUUUUCAUCAUCAGUGAAGCUUCAGGGUUGAUCUUAACAACUCCAAAGUAUGUGAUGAAUAUGAUAACAGGAAGUAAGAAAUCACAGAGGUAAUGGUUCAUUUGCACUUUUGUGUUGUGGUGGAAUGUGUCACACGGUGACAAGCCUGUCAAACCAGAAUGUCUCCCCCUCUCCUUGUCCCUCCUGACUCUGUCACGGCUGGUGGAUAAAACAAAAGAGCGAUAGCCGGGUACAGAAAAUUCAUUUUUUUCCAGCAGAGGGAGUGUAAGUUAAAGUCUUCCUUCUGACAGCCAAGCCAGGCGGUCUGGCAGGCUUUUUAACAACCUGUCGGCGGCGAGAUCAACGAUGCUUCCUUCAGUUUCUCUGCUAAUCCAUCCAGUGUCUUGUACACCAGAGGCUGGUGUGUGUGUGUGUGUGUGUGUGUGGAGUGGAGUGUCUCCCUGCACGUUUACACCACUUGCAAGUGUGCGGGUCUGUGAGAAAGAGGGAGGGGUGUGUGAGAAUGUGUAUUUGAACAUGUAAACAGUCGGGGGAGGAAGUUGGCCAUCAAUAAUGUAGCACAGAAUGACUCAAUCAGUCAUGAAGUUUGGGGUGGCGAAUAAACCACAAAAAUAUGCUGCACGGUGGAUGAGUGGUUAGCGCGCAGACCUCACAGCUAGGAGACCAGGGUUCAAUUCCACCCUCGGCCAUCUCUGUGUGGAGUUUGCAUGUUCUCCCCGUGCAUGUGUGGGUUUUCUCCGGUUUCCUCCCACAUUCCAAAAAACAUGCUAGGUUAAUUAGCGACUCCAAAUUGUCCAUAGGUAUGAAUGUGAGUGUGAAUGGUUGUUUGUCUAUAUGUGCCCUGUGAUUGGCUGGCGACCAGUCCAGGGUGUACCCUGCCUCUCGCCCGAAAACAGCUGGGAUAGGCUCCAGCACCCCCCGCGACCCUCGUGAGGAAAAGCGGUAGAAAAUGAAUG